GUCAUUGAUGUUCAGAAUGAUAACACAUAGUAAAUAUAAUGUUUAUGUAGAAGACUUAGUACUGUUACGGAUUCAUUUAUUGAUGUCGUGGAUUUCAGAAAUUUUGGAAAAAUAUAUUAAUUCAUUGAAAAUUAGUAAACAGACAUGCAUAAAUCAGAUAGAGGAGAGAAGGGAGAAACAGAAGCGCCUCUUGAACUGGAAUCACAAAUUAUACUCCGUCUACCAUUGGAACCUUCAAGAGUUUUACGUGAAGCCAUUCGAAACAAUAGUUCAUUAGAAGAUAGAGUUACUAUCAAUAUUGAACAUGACAUGCGUCAUGGUGAAGUCAGAGUAGAUCAUUGGCUGAUGUCUGCAAAAGUGGUGGAUCUGCCGACAAUAGUUGAAUCCUUAAAAACUAUCGAUGGAAAAGGUUUUUAUAAAACUGCUGAUAUAUGUCAGAUGCUUAUUUGUAAAGAAGAUGAUGACCAGACAACCACAGAUGAGGACUCACCUCAGAAAAAGAAAAAAGAUUCCAAUAAAGUUGAUAAGAAAUAUUUGUGGCCACAUGGGAUAACACCUCCUGUUAAAAAUGUACGAAAACGACGUUUUAGAAAAACAUUAAAGAAAAAAUAUGUAGAAGCUCCUGAAAUUGAAAAAGAGGUUAAAAGACUUUUAAGAAGUGAUAAUGAUGCGGUAAGUGUAAAAUGGGAAGUAAUAAAUGAAGAAGACGAAAAUAAAGUAAAUAAAGGGACUGUUGUAAAGAAAGAUCCAUCAGAACCCAUAAAAAAUGUUGCCGAACAUGAAAUAUUUGGAGGUGCUGUUAGUGACUCGGAAGAUGAAGAUGCACAUCUUAAUGUACUAGAUGUUUUAGAUGAAAAUAGUCAAAAUUCAGGAGAAGACAGCCAUCUUACAGAUUCUAAUUCAGUCCUGAAUAAUUCAGCAGAAUCUAAGCUACCAACAGAAUUUACUAGUGAUAUGUUUAGAGAGAUUGAUCAAUCUCCAAAUUUAAUGCAAGAAAUGGAUUAUUACCCACAAUCAUCUUCAAGCAACUCAUAUUCGGAUGCAUACUUGAGAGCACCUGAGAACAAAGGGAAUCUUAGAGUGAGCGUUCAAGCCAGACUUGACGAAAUAGAAUUAGAAAUAGCAGACUUGAAAGAUAAGAGACAACAACAGGAAACAAAAAUUGAAAAUAUAGAAAAUUUGGCGCUAAGACAGAGAUUCCAAGAUAUGUCGGAAAGUUUGUUACAAGAACAGAUUGAAAAAGAACAAGAGAAAUAUGAUCUUCUGGAAUUAUUGAAACAAAGUAUGGAUUGAACAAUCGGGUUGUACAUCUCAAUAAUAAAGCUUCUAUUAUUAGUAUUUGGUGUAUAUAUGGAAUAUUUCUCUUUAUUUUUGACUAGUCUCUUAUUCAAAAUGACUUGAUCUCAUUUAAGAAGUUUCUCUUCUCAAAUGGUUACUUUUUGGGUGUUUUAUUAAGAAGGGCAAAAUAUUGUCUGUGAAUAAUAAUUUACAAAAUCGUGUUAUUAGGAAGAGCAAUUUUAAAAUUUUUUAUUUUCUUUUUAUUGUUUCCAAUUUCGAAAUAAUAUAUAGGGUAAUUCGGAAGUUAAAAUGAACUUUGCUAAAUUUAGUAUUUAUCAGUCACAAAGUGUAGAAGAUGUAUUGAAUAUAGGAUAUUUGGAAACACCAAAUUGGUUUAUCUAUAUGUCCAUUUCUGAUGAAACACCCUGUAUAAUAUAUACAUUUUUAUACAGAUACUUUUAUAAUUUAAAUCAUAAGUAAAAUCAAAUAUUUUUAAUUUAUAAUAAUUCAUUAAAUGUAUAUUGUAAUAAACAUAUUUAUGUAACUUUAUUUAUAAAAUAUGUACCACUUUUUACAGUAACUAAAAAUUAUAUUUUUAUUUUAUUAAAGAAUUAUAGUUG